AUGUCCGCUCGCGCGGGAAACCGAGUGUCGAUACCGUUCAGUCCGUCCCGACUGAAGUUGCUGGCGCAAGUGGAGCUCGGUCUGGACGGCGAUGCAGUGACAGCAGCUGACUGGCAGCUCUUUCUGGUUGUCGAGUGCCUCGAUCUUGACGGCGGCAGCACGCCAGGCGAACUGCGCGGGGCGUCGUCAUGGGUCCUUCAUCCGUUAGGCCAGGAAUCAUCCCACGCCACGCUCGAGCUCCGCCAGAAGCGGCAGUUGCAGGAUAACACGGGCCAGGUCGGCUGCGUCGGCGCAAUCUUAUUGCGGCCGUUCCGGCGUCUCGACACUCCACCGAUCUUACGAGCAAGCACGGUGUCCACACACCACAGUGGGAGUCUCCACGCUGGACUCCGAACCUCCACGCCGAACCCAGCCUUGGAUAUCCAGCGGUUGCAGCAGCAAGACGACAGCUGGGUACCACGUAACGGCGAGCUCGCUUUGCGGCACCCGCUCGCUUUAACUGGUCCCAAGGCCGCUGUUGGCCCGCAGACCGGGCGAGGCGUGUUGCGCUGGAUUCGCGAGUACUUGUCAAGCGUGGCGCUGGCGGGGACGGAAUUUUUCCUUUGCCCGUCGUCGGCGAGAGAUGCUGCUGCUGCCUCGGCUCGACUGGCAAGACCGCAAAAGGAACCCAUGUCGCCGAGCGACAACUCUAGCGGCAUCGCGUGGAGCCACGCCGCCGUUGCCGUUGGCCAGGGCGGACUUACUCCGUGCAUGAGACAAGCUCUCUCGACGCGAGAGGACGAGCGCCAAGAUCCAGCGAGUCGACCUGGGCCGACAACGUAUCGCCGCCGAUAA